AUGGCCUUCGCCAAGGUCGUCCGAGCCCGUCCUUGCCCGGACACCUUCCGCCUGGGCCAGGACCGUGGGGUGGCCCCGGGGUCACCCCAAGUGACCCUCGGAGCCCGACUGCCACUGCGGUUGACUGCACCUGCCCGGACCACGCCCACCGGGCCACGCCCACCGGCCACGCCCCUGGACCACGCCCACGGGCCUUCGGGGCUCUGCAGGGCUGCAGGAGAGCCUCGAACACCCUCUGUGAAGGCCCCAGAACUAAGGGGCACAGGACCUGCUAGUGGGGCCGUGGACCCCCCCUGGUGGCCCUGCCCCUCCUCUGCCCACUCGCCCCUUGUGGCCACCGGCGGGGGUGGGCAGCGGCCCGCGCGACCCGGCCUGGGCCCGGCCGUCCAGGGUGUCCGCGAAGGCGGCGACCCCCCAGGCAGCGAACCCCCGGCCUGGCCGCCAGAUCCGUUUUUCCAACACGUGAACCGAGAGCUGAAGGAGAAAGACGUCCAGGCCGCGGCCACGAACCCCAGGACCACGCAGCAGCUGAAAUGGCCGGUCCUCGGCCAGGUGGUCUUCUCCACCAAGUUUGAGACGCUGGAGACCUUCAGGCCGCCGAAGGAGGUGGCCGUGGAGUCGCUGCACCUGCAGAAGCCCCUGGACGCCACCUGGCCGACGGCCAACGGCCCCUUCCUGGCCGGCGCGCGCGGCCCCUUCACGCCGCGGCAGCGGGAGCUGUUCGCGGCCAUGAGCGCCUACCGCGACGUGCUGUUCCCCGAGCGGGGCGCGGGCCCGGCGGGCGAGGAGGUGCGCCUGCUGUACUGCCUGCACGCGCUCAACCACGUGCUCAAGGCCAACGCGCGCGUGCUGGCCAACAACGGGAACUUGUUUGUUCAAGUGCGUGGUGCCGGCCGGGAGGCCCAGCUCGGGGCCGCCGCCGAAGCGGCCGCCACCUCGGCCGGGCCUGAACGGGCCGCAUGUUCCGUGCCUCGGGCGCUCUGCGUCUGGCUGGCCCGGGUGGCCACGGGGGCUCAUUUAGCCCACAGGGGCCUGCGCGUGUCUCUGUUAGGCUUGACCGAGGAGUAG